AUGGUCCUGAGAAACUUCAGGAUGACCGCAGGCGGUCUCUCACUGCACGCAGGCGAGCCACUCGGCAAUCCCCGCAGCGUCGAAGCCACCAGCGUCGAAGCCCAAGCCGUGUCGCCUGCAGCGGGUUCUCCGCAGCCAAAAGCGACCACGAACCUUCCGAGAGAAGACGUGAAACCCUCCGUGGUACACCCCUCCGUGCAUACGCCGGCAACGGCAGCACCAACAGCGGCAACUACCGGCUUUGUUUAUGACGGCCACUUCAUUCACAACCUCAGCGCCGCACGGCCCGGGUGCCGCGGUUGCUGUAAUUCCGGUGCUCAAAUUGUGGAUUGCCUGAAUGUGGAGAAGUGUGCAGCAUCUGGCCCAGAGAAGGGCAAGUUUGCGCUGGUCUUGAGCCAUUGGGGGAUGCCCAGUGAAAGCAUGCUUCAAUCCAUCAGGAGCAUGAAAGCUGCAGCUACGGCGGCCAACUGGGCAGACAUCUUACUUGUCAUGCUGCAGAAGGACGCCGAUCGCAUCUCGCCGAAAAUUCAGAAGCUACUCAACAGAUGGGAGAUAAAGUUGCAUGUCGUGGACUGGGAUGUACCCCCUGACUCGAUGUUCUAUCCGAAGCAUGAUUGGUGUGGCCAUCAGGAUCUGAUUCGCUUGCAUGUACUGGCAUUAGAUGCAUAUGAUGCCGUCGCCUACUACGAUGCGGACUGUGAGUUUCAGGGGGACAUCACGCCGGUGCUGCGCUGCGCGGCCACGGGGAAGCUCUUGACCACCAACGGCGGUGUGGGCGAGUCCUUGAACGUGGGCUUCAUCGCUGUGAGGCCCGACCGUCGUCUGUUGGAGGCGGCCCGACUCUUUGCACGGAAUAACAAUUUCUCCGUGCAGCGUGGCUGGGGAAAUUCUGGUUGGAAACCGUGUGGUGGCUACUUUGUCGGAGGUGAGUGUGGCCAAGGCUUCAUGUACAGCCUCUUCUACUCCAGGAGCUCAUCUGCCCGCAGAGCUUUGGAAGGUGCCGGAGUCUGGGAGAACGGCGUUUUCCAAGCAGCCCAGAUCGACCGGUGCAUUUGGAAUUACCAGACCAGCUACCAGUGCCGGCCAGACUUCAACUGCGAGCGAGUGCGUGUGCAUCACAAGCCAACGAGGGAGCGCGGCACGGACAGGAACGAGUGCGAGAAGCUCCGAUUCAGAGAAAAACGCAAGGAGUUAGCACGCCUUAGGCGUGAAGAGCGCAAAGUCCAGCGCUUCAGCUCCGAGGGUGUUUUGCUCCGGCACUCGGGUGGCUUCUGUGUUCGACCUUCAGACGAAGCUUUCGGGCAAGGUGCAGUGCUUCUACUCAGAAGCUGCGCCCUUCCACCCGCGGAGCAGAACCUUCACAUGGUACCUGUGGAUGCAGACGACGACGACGACGAGGAGUCCUUGGGAAUCGUGCAGCUCCGCAUCGGCCGGCAUUGUGCAUACCCGCAGGGCGACGACAUGGACACAGAACCACGCCUGUCUAUCGCAGCUGAUUGUUCUACACCGCACAGCUUCCUGUUCAAGCGACUCAGGGCCCAAGCGAAUGGAUUCCUACUUCAACAUACAUCUUCCAGGAGCUGCAUCCACCCGUUUGAGGGUCAAGAGCAGCCGAAGGACGGGACCGAGCUUCUGCUGCAUUCCGAUUGCUCCCAGGGCCCGGAGCCGAGCCGAACAUGCCAGGGUCGUAACCCACCCACCAGAGCACCCCCUUCGAAGCAGCAGGGGCAGCAGUGUUGA